GCCGUAUUCUUGGUCCGAGAUUAUUGAAGGCGAGAUGAAUCAGGAAUUCGUGACAGGUGGACUGGGUCAAAUGAUGGACGAAGAUUUCGAAUCAUGGGUUUGCGUAAACGACCAUAGCUGCGCUGCUGCUUCGUCGGUUCAUGAUGAUGCUUACUUCUGCUUCAUCUAUCAUGAGGGUAAAGAAACCUUUGUUCCAUGGGGAGCAAACAAAGAUCUGCAACUGUUUUCUUUUAAUGACUGAAAUUAAAAAGGCAAACCGGAGCAAACAAUAGUCGGCCAACAAAAGUAUCUAACGAAUAUCCGAUAGGUUGUGUGUGGCUCAGGGAGGCCAUCUAGCUCCCUUUAAUACUUUAAGGGAACUUGAAAUCGCAUCUGGAGUGGUCUUGAGGCAAUAUGUGCAAGUGUGUCUGAUUGCAGUGUAUCUUCCCUAAUUUCGUAUGGGCACAAUCAACUCGACUCAGAAAGGCAAGCAAAAAAUGAUUUUAGUUUCUAAAUAUUUAUAUAGCAGCUGGGCUCCGCUAGGUCCGUGCACCGGAAUGUUGGCUUGUGUAAACAUGCGUCGUUCUGCUUUGUGGUCAAAAAA